AUGGCGAAUAUUACGGCGCACUGGGUCUCGGUGCGAAACGACGCCGAAGACAUGUAUCACUGCUACAGGAGACAAGGAGCGAAACGGACGAACCUCAGCAAACUCCAAGCUGGGCAGCUGUUUGCUGAUCUAAGAUGCAUACACCUUCAGCUCCAGACCGGCAACGCUACCGAGACGUCAUACCCAGUUGUAGAAGAGAUGCAUGAACCUGAAAACUCUGUUUGUUUUUGUAUCACAGAUCGCCCACCUCCUUCCUGCGCACUGACGCCAAACAUCCAGACUAGGCUGUUCGUGACGUCCCUUGCGUGCGACAAGCCUGGUUCAGGAGUCCCAGCAACCCGGUCCAAGGCCAGCAUGCAUCGGCCCACGCCUCAACACGAAGGGACAUCAGACCGUCGAGGUCGAACUUCAUCUCAAUUGAGCUUCACAUGCAGCAUGAUGAAGGAGAUCCUCGUUACACGCAAGUCGCUCACUUUCGCGAAGAUUCAGUAUCGAAAGCUGUCAGCAGCAUCACCACUCGAUAUUCCCACAAUGACAGAGGACAUUGUCAUCAUAUGGAAUUCGAAAACGAGUUACCUCUCGAGCAGCACAGCGUGGACGGCGCAUGCAUCUCAAACGGCUACUAGCAACUGUGGCGCUCCUUGCAGGACCCCCGAUGAACACAAGUCUACACAAUUCUAA